UGUGACUUGACUGUACAGUCCACGAGGAAAAGCUCCUCGGCAAGACAAAGCAGAGUCUCCCGUCCUCCUCCCCUCCUCCUAGACGAGCACCCGCGCCCGCGAUGUCUUCUCCCUCCUCCAACUCCUCGUCCUCCGACCCAGACUACCAUGUCGCCGCCUCCGACCUAGACUAUGACGCCGCUGCCGUCGUUCCCCCGAGGCGCGCCGACGCGGAGGACUACGUCUCGUUUCUGUGCACGCAGGACGAGGUCGGCGCGGUGUGCGAGAAAUACGGCGUCCCCAAGGAUCGCUACGCCGCGCGCCCCGCCGGCGACCUGCGCGCGAGCUCGUCCCCGCCGCCGGGCGCCGUCUGCGUGUACGCGGGCGCGCUGGAGGCCGGGUUGCGGGUCCCGCUGCACCCCUUCUUCCGCGAGGUGCUCGCCCACUUCGGCCUCGCCCCGACGCAGCUCGCGCCCAACGGCUGGCGCACCAUGGCGGGCUUCGUGGUGCUCUGCCACCUCGCCGGCGUGUCGCUGCCGCUGCUGGCCGUUUUUCGCCAUUUCUUCCGGCUGGUCGUCCUCAACCUUAAGCGCAGAGGCUGGUACUAUUUCCGAUCUAAAGACACCUCCGGCCUGCGCUUCACGGGUUUGCCGCAUGAGAUCAAGGAUUGGAAGCACGCGUUCUUCUUCCUCUCGUCGCCGGCGCCUUGGCCUUGCUCUGUGGAGUGGGGCGAGCCGUCCAAGAUUUCGCUCAUGGACCCCGUGCUCUCUGCCGAGGACAAGAAAUUGGCCGCGAAGCUGCUGCGCGCUCACGGAGGCUCCCCCGUUGAUCUGGGGGCGUAUCUCUGCAGCAGCAAUCUUUCCGCCGCCAUGAUAUCUCCGGUGCCGGAGUCGCUGUCACCACAGCCACCGCCUUCUUAUACUCCUGCUGCUACCGAUUCCAAAGGGAUGGAUCCCUCCGUCUACGACAUGAUGAAAGCCAUGCUGGCGGAGAAGAUGGCCCGGCAAGCGUCGGCAUCGGCAAAGAAGGUGAAAAUAGAGCCAGGGUCAUCGCCGUUGUGCGGGAAGAAAGGGAGCCCGGACGAGGCCAACGGCGAGGAGGGCCGUCCCCCUUCUUCGGACGCUCCACCUGCCGCCCGUGGCCACUCGGUGCCCACCAGCGUGUGUUCGCCACUGCCGGGAAUCUUGCGGGAGCCACGAGACUUCGCCGAUGGAGACGGCACAGACUGGGAGGCUGCACGGGAGCUGUUGCAGGGUGCCGUCGCGCCACCGCAGCAGCGCGUGUUUGCGGCGACCGAGCCAUCCGAUGUUGUCGCGUCAAGCUAUGUCGCGAUUCUCCAGGCGGCGAACUACGUGUCAUUCUCCUUGGACUACGCUCUGGAGUUGGAGGAGAAGCUGCUGGCGCGGGAGGCGGAGAUCGCCGCGCUGCGGAUGCAGCUGGAGGAGACGAACGGCGAGCUCGCCCAGGCGAAGGUGCCGCGGAGGUAGUCAGGAGGGUAGCAUUAGAGUGAUCCGUUUCCUUUCUAUACGAGACUCGCUGUCUAAGAUCCAGUGACCUCUGGAGUGUUUAAGCGGUAUCACCAUUCAAAUUUCUCAAUAUCUUUCCAUAAACUAAGAAAACCUACUGAUUGUCAUCUCUGGCGGUUUAAGAAAGCUUAUGUUAAUUUCGUCGUCUCAAUUAGUCUUUUGAAUUGAAACUAACCAUGAA